AUGUCGCGCUCUAUCGGUUUCAGUGGGAGCCAGUCUCCUACCUCGUUGGCAGAAGCGUGCAAAUUGGCAUGGCACACCUUUUAUGGCAUGCAGAAGGCGUCCGAAGACUUUGAAAAUCUCCGGUUUGAAGUGUGGACCAUUGCCAUCAGCCUCGACUCACUGCACAGCGUCGGGAGCACAUCAUUACUCAUAGAUCGACAACCGGAUCACAAACGUUGGGCCUUGACGUUCUCGAAGAUUCUAACCUCCUUGAACGCCGCCCUCCGACCGUUGUACAGCCUGGUGAAGUUGUACCUUUCCAGCUCAACCAGGGACCGCGCGGCCGUGAAGCAAUGGCUCACAAACACAGAUAUGAAUUACGAAGGCCUCACCGUCCAGGACUUCAGGAGGAAAUUAUCCAUGCUGGUUGAGAGUCUCAAUGUGUUUCUUUCCAGCCUGACACAUGCAGAGCUCGCUCGAGCCAGAGCUGUUAGCGAAACCGAAGAGUAUAGAGUCCUCUCCGAAGUCACGAGAAAUGUCCUUCAGAAGUGGGAUCAAGACAGGUCGAUUGCCGUGCCGCAAGACCCCGGCAGAGCGGCAAAAUCGAUCGAGACUGUCACGUUCGCCGUCCCCGACGACCACCUGAAAGAAAACACCACGUCGCCGCUGCGGGGUGAUUCAGCGAGGCCCAGGUCGCAGGAUGGAUAUCCCACACUCUGGCCUACACACCAGAGGCCUGAACAUCACACCAAUUUCGGCCACCCUGCCGAGACAUUGAAUCUGGACGGGAUCGAAACAGGUUUCCGCAAGCACAUGAAUGCCAUGCGCCGCAUUCGAGACCAACUCCGCCUGCAGAAGGAGAACAAACACCAUUUAUCUAACCAAACAUCGACUCAUUUCCCAGAAACGACUGGUGACGCUCCUAUUACUCCGAUCACCCCGUCGCAUGGCCCAAUCCCUGAGCACAAUCCGUCGUCAGAAAUGGCUGGCGACCAUGGCUAUGCCUCGAGCAGUGGAACAAGCUCGAUGCAGACCUCCGAAUCCGGAAGUGUGAUAUCCUCCGGCUUCCAGGAGGAGAGGCCGAAAAGUCCCCCGGUGCCGGUGACCGCGAAUCAUACGCGAUCGUCGUCGGGGGAUCUUGGGAGGAAGAGAGUACGGACUCAGAAUAUCCACGUCGGACGGGAUAGUGACGAUUGGCAGAGGCAUCGAAAGCCUCGCAAAACGGCGUUGGAAGAAAUGCUCACUGCUGCCUUGUUCUUCGACAGUUGA